GUCCAUCCCCUGAGUAUUCAGACCACAGACACACAUAGCUUUUGAAUUCAAUUAUCACUUCUUCACGCAACAAAGUUUGAAGCAGAGAGAGUGAAUUAAUGGCAGCUGCUAGUGUAUUCUCAGUUAGGAGUUCAAAGUUUCGGUCAUGGGGGGCAGCCGGGCGGUGUUCCAAACAAGUUCGGCAGCAGAGGACGCGGCUUUACAUAAUCUGGAGAUGCGCUGUCUUACUCUUGUGCGCGCAUGACUAAAAUGUUUUAAAUUGCGGUUGCGGUUGCAGACGCCGGCUUGCCACUCUGUUGCUGAACUCGGACAAAUGCAGGUUGAUAUGACUGCAAUUGUUGUCGCGAUGCUGAUGCGGGGACUCCAAAUUUGAAACCAUCACAAGUUGGAACCGCC